AUGCGAUGUAUGAAUCCAGUUGUUAAACACCCCAAGCACAGGAACCUUAUGAUUCAUUGCCUGAAUGGAGGUUUGAGUCUGGGUGUCCCUAAUCCUCGUCUGACACUACAGCAAGUUGGCUUUCAUGCUUGCUGCUUUAUAACCACCAACUCUUCCUCCUCUUCUGACAAGAAAAAGGAGUCUCAUGGAAAUGAACAGCGCUUCAUGAGCAAGUAUAUAUCUGAGCUGGAUUUUUCAUCAGCUGAAUCUGCAUUCAGUCCAGCCCACUUCACGGACUCUUUGGAGCUGCAGGGAAACUUUCAUGAGUUAGACAAUACUGUCUGCUGGAGUGAUAACGUGGAUCACUGUAUUUCCUACCUCAAUAAGGAAAUGGUAGCACUGGGGUUCCCUGCCCUUUAUAAGGAUGAUGGUUCUGGAGAUGGUAUUGAGCAUGGCUUUGACCUCCUGGAAUUGGUUAAUGGAGCUUGCAGACUGCUGAAUUUGUACCAAAAUGCAUCAGCCAGGCUGGGUGACGUGGAGACAGAGAAGAUGCGAUGGGAUGAAGAACUGGAUUAUCUGAGGGGAGAGCAGGGUAAACUCAAGGAACAUGUGGAAGUACUUGAAAGGGAAAUUGCAAUUGUACAGAAUAAGGAACAGCAACUUCAAAGCAAAAACAAACACUUGAAUGAUAUGCUGAAAGAAGAGAAGGAGGAGAUCACCAAGCUCCUCAGUUCUCUGGCUAACCAGAAGAACCAGCAUGGUCAUGAAAUGAAGAGGAAGGAACAAGAACUGCUUCGACUGAAAGACAAGAUGAGCCAAAUUUUAACUAACAAGACAGACAAGAGAGGAACAAUUGAAAUCCUCAAUGUCCUUCCUCGGAUGGACGGCAAGAGGGCCACCUGGAAAACUGGGAGAUCCCUGGGCAGAAAGGAGGAAGAGCUCUACCGCAUCCAGUUGGCCAAGCAGGAACAACGGGAAGAGGGCCUGGCUUUUGAGAACACCAAACUGAAACAAUUGCUGAAUGAAGUGACCCAAGACUUGGAAGAGAUGCUGGCUACCGAUGGGGGCAGUGCCAGAUCCAGGUUCAUGAGGAUAAAAAGUACAUCAAGCCAGUCUCCGUUUUUAUCUUUUUGCCCAGCUGUUGGUUGCCAAAUGUCUGAGGGAGAUGGUCCAAACCCUGUGGUCAUUGUGACGGAUCAUGACAAGGAAAUAAUGAAAUUAAAGAAAGAGAUUGAAGAGAGCCGAGGACUGAUUGCAUUGCAGCAGCAGUGUUUCCAGGAGCAAUUAAUGUCUGCUGCCAAUUCAGAACUGCCUGCCCACCUGAAGGGCUCUUACUUCUUAGAGGAACAACAGCAGCUACAGGAGGAGCGAGAACUGUUUGAGGAGCAGAAACAGGCGUUUGAAGGGGAACGGAAGAACUUUACUGAAGCAGCCAUUCGACUAGGAUGGGAGAGGAAACAGUUCGAAGAACAGAAGGCUCAGUUCCUGAAGCAAGAAUUUUUGAAGUCAUUUCCAAAACUAGAUAGGAGAAAUACUAAGUGGCGACUUUCUGCACCACUUCCUCUUGGAGAAGAGCAAGACUGUGAAGAGUCACCCAGACUAAAAAAGUGGGCCAGACCCAUCUGUACACCACACCCCAAGUUUCUUAUCACACCUUGCCACACCCCAACAGACCUCUUUAGAAGCAAGCAGCUUUCCUGUAAAACUAGUAGUCCUGUAAUAGGCAAGAAGCAAAUUCUUUCAGACAACUGGUAA